AUGGGAAACGAGAAUGCAGAAGACUGUAUUGGAAAGCAUGGCUAUGGAACAAGAAAUGAAGAGGACUCACGUAUAGUGGAGAUGGCGCAAGCAUUUAGACUGGCAAUAGUUAACACCUAUUACACAAAGAAAGGUAAACAAAUAAUCGCAUAUACUAGUGGAAACAAGAGAACCCAGAUUAACUAUAUCCUAUGCCAAAGAGACCAAGUAAAGAAUGUCAUAGACUGCAAAACACUGCCAAGGGAAAAUGUGGCAGAACAACACCGCCCAGUGUUAUGUAAAGUGAAAGUAAAAAGUGACCUGAAGGUGAAAGAAAAGGCGAUGAAGAAAACAAAGUGGUGGAAGCUGAAAGAAGCAGAAACAAGGAGGGAAUUUAUACAAGUGAAAGACACAAUAUAUCAGGAAGACAAGGACUGGAACACAGUUACAACGAAACUUAGAACAGUGGCUACACAAGUAUUAGGAGAAUCACCUAGGAAUAAAAAAGAAGGAAAGGAAGCAUGGUGGUGGAAUAGUGAAAUCCAGGAAGCUGUUAAGUUAAUGAGAGAAUGCAAGAAGGCAAGGGACAGAGAUAGGCAGGACGAAGAACUACGCAAAAGACUAAAAGUGGCUAAUAAACAACUGAAGAAGUAG